UUCUGGUUUAGCCCAUCGUUUCAAAUCUUCCCACAACCCUAAAUAUAUUGUAGCAACGGAAAAUUCUUUCCACGUACAUUUUUAUCUCAUCAAUCUAUUUCCAUCUGUGUUGUGUUUCAUUAAUGCAAUGGGGCGCUGGAUAAAACCAGAGGUUUAUCCACUGUUUGCAGCCACAGGCGUCGCUGUCAGUAUGUGUGUAUUUCAAUUGGUUCGGAACUUGAUAACAAAUCCUGAUGUCAAGAUUUCAAAAGAGAAUCGUCGCGUUGAUGUUCCAGAGAAUUGGGAAGAAGGGAAGAGAUAUGCAGAACAUGGUGUGAGAAAGUAUGUGCGCGAAAGGGCCCCUGAGAUUAUGCCUACUAUCAACUCAUUCUUCAAUAACACUUCUAAGUGAACGUCAAAUGUUACUGGAUAAUAUCUUAUGAUUUUUUUAUAUGAUUUUUUUUACAAGAAACGAUGCUUAAAUAAUUUUACAGUGUAUGUGAUGUACCUCAUUAAUGAGGAUUUUUUAUUUGUGAAUUGGAUUUUAAGCGAAAAGAGUGAAAAUGGUUUUGCACUUAUGAAAAGCCGUCUUGUACAUAAGGCCUUCAACUCAAAUUGAUUUUGAUUUUGAUAAAGCCUAAAUCCUUAUAGAACAGUUAACAAUGAAAGAAAGGGAUUUUCUAAAUAAAUUGUUUAUAUGUGAUUUUUUUUACAAAUUUAU